AUGAGUGAAACAUCUAAUGACUAUGCUAAUAAGAUCAAGACACAAAGAAGGCGGCAGUACAAAGAAUCAGAAUCGGACGGUUCAGAGGACGAUGAAAGGAAAACGAAAUCAGUCGAGAAAAAAAUAUCGUGUAAAUUUUGCGGCUUUGAGCACUGGCCAGAUAAGAGAAAGUGUCCAGCCUGGGGAAAAACCUGCAACAAGUGCAAAAGAAAGAAUCAUUUUGCCAAGAGAUGUCGAAAGUCUGCCAUAUACUGCAUAGAAAGCGAGGAGGAACAAAUUAGCGACGUGAGAAUUCAAGCUAUGAACGAGAAAGCGGUAUUUGCGAAGAUGUUGGUCAACGACGUUCAUGUACAUUUCCAAGUCGACUGUGGCGCCAGCGCAAACAUACUUCCAUACAAGUAUGUAGAAAAGGAAAAGAUUUCUCCAUGUGAUAGAACACUAGUCAUGUGGAACGGUACUAAAGUGAAACCUUUGGGAACGUGCGUUGUUCGAGUGGUUAAUUUAAGAAAUCAGAAGAAGUAUGACGUGAAGUUCUUGAUCGUCAAGGAUGACCUGACUCCGUUGUUAGGUUUGAAGACCAGAGGAGAUGAGGCUGUUGACAAUUCACAAAGAGAACUUCAUUAGCACUGUGUUUUGUAAGAAAACGGAUGUGCUAGACAAGCAUGCUGAAGUUUUCAACAAUGAUUUGGGAAGAUUGCCAGGAAUAGUCCAUCUAGAAGUAGACCCAAAUCAUAAACCAGUCGUACUACCGGCACGGAAAAUCCCUGUGUCAGUGAGAGACCAAUUCAAAGUCGAGUUACAACGAUUAGAGAGACUGGGAGUCAUCACACCUGUCGAAGAACCGACCGAGUGGGUGAGUCAAAUUGUCGUGGCAAUGAAGAAAUCUGGUGCAUUGUGCGUAUGCAUAGAUCCAAAGCCACUGAACGAGGCCCUGAAGAGAGAGCGAUAUCAAAUUCCUGUCAUAGAUGAUUUACUACCUGAUUUGUCAAAGGCUCGUGUAUUUUCCAAGGUUGACCUGGCAUCUGCAUUUUGGCAUCUAGAAUUAGACUAAGAGUCAAGCAAGCUGACAACGUUUUCUACCCCCUACGGAAGAUUCCGGUGGUUGCGCCUCCCUUUGGUUUAAACGUGUCCAGCGAGAUUUUCCAGAAACGACUCAACCAAGAGCUCCUGGGACUGGAAGGAGUGAGGUGUAUCGCAGAUGACAUCCUUGUCUAUGGUACCGACGAAAAAGACCACAACAAGAACUUCGAGAGGCUACUGGAACGGUGUAAAGAAAAGAGCAUUAAGUUGACCAAGGACAAAUUGGAGUUCAAGUGUAAAGAGGUUUCAUUCCAUGGUCAUCUUCUCACCAAUGAAGGUUUGAAAGUCGACCCAGGUAAAGUGAAGGCGAUUAUGCAGAUGCCACGACCCACCACUCCUGAAGAAAUCUUACAUUUGAACGGAAUGGUGAAUUACCUAAGUCGUUUCCUACCCAACCUGUCGGAGGUUAUGAAGCCUUUGCGUGAUCUAACACACAAAGAGUCGCGUGGUGCUGGUUGGAAAUACACGAGAAAGCAUGGAAUGAAGUGA